GUGUGCAGAAAAAUUCCAAUCCAAACUUUACUUAUCCAAAGGAAAGGCAGAGCUACAUUCUGAUUCUGCUAGAUUGCAGCGCGAAGUUAUUUUAUCUUCUGAUAGUUAUAGUAGUUAGUUAAUACAAUAAAUAUAUCACUGUUAUUUUAAGUUGUCGUGGAGACUUAUUCCCCCUACAUCUUGCCGAAAUCCUUAUUCUAUCUGUGUUUAUUAUAAUCAAUAAUUAAUAUGACAUCAUAAGAAUAAGAAGAAGCUGCAGAAUAAUUCUGUUUAAGGACGAAUACCGAUAGUCACUCCAAUCACUGUUAUCUACAAAACAGAUUUUGGCUUUUCCUACCAAAAAUUCUAGUCGAUUCCCUAUUAAAGACCUUACAAAAAAGGAGACUUAAGUGACAAUGUUAUCCCUCUACUAUGUGACUGCAACUUUUGUCCAAUCAUGGCGCAUCCAGAAAGCCUGCAACAAGAUUGCUGAAAAGUUUUCCGAGAAAUCUAGUGUGGUGUUCUAUGUUCUUCCCAAAGAUGGUUAUGAAGCCAACCUUGUCACUUCAGAAUUAUGCACUAAUCGUUCAGAAGCAAAGGUCUGUGACCUCCUUUGGAUGUUCGCUGACCGCAGGGGUUGUUGCCUUACGCCAUCACAAAACAUUCACAUCGGCCCAUGGGUGACUUUCCCCGAACCACCUACCUUAAUUCCAUUCAACUGUACUUCCUCAGAGGAACUCAGCUUGGACAAAACAAAAACCGUGCAUUUACUCUUAGAGACUGAUAUACUUCCUGCAUUGCCGGAAGCUAGUUUGGAAAACAUUAUGAUUGAAAAAUACGGUAAGCCAAUUGCAUGGAAAGUCGAUUCACAUUUUGCAGUACUACUCGAGAGCGACAUUGAUCAUUUUACAAAUCUACUCAUAGCAACAUUCUUGCAAAAUAAUUUAUGCAUUAACGAUUCGCUACCUUUAAUUCGUAUUGAAUCUGUUGGAUAUGAAGGUCAACCACAGCCCUAUGAAAUGAUGAAAAAACAUCUACGCAAGCAACUAACCUCACGUUGUGACUUUCAACUUGGCGAAGAAGAAUGGCUAAAACAUUUAGAUGGUCUACGCAGCUUAAGCGUACUAGCUAAUCAAGCAACUGAAUUUGAAUAUAACAAAAAUCGAACAGAAGGCAAAACUGGAAUAGUCAAACCAGAUUUAAUUCCAUCAGGUAAAAACAUGUCUGAACUUUCGUCUCAAGCUGCCUCAUCUGAAGAUGCGGUAGAUUCGAGAAAAUCUUCACCCAUUAAGGUUGUGAAUGAAAAACCAAAAAUCGAGGCUAAAAUAAGCCCAAUGAAACGUGUCAUAGAGGAGCCAGUAAUUAAAUCUGUAAAAGAAGAAACUGUUUUAAGGUCUCCUUCAAAGUCACCGGCAAAACAGGUCGAAGUUAAAAAAGAUGAUAUUAUUAAAUCCAAGCCCACCGAAGUAGUCAUCGAAUCCAAGCCAUCUCAUUUAGAAUCAAUAGUGACAGCUAAAAUCGAACCUAUUCCAAGAUCAAUUCCAGAGCCUUCUCCAGUUCCGGUUACUCCAAUCGAAACGGUGGCAAAGAAGGAAGACAAAAUGCCUGACAGUUCGAAACAUAAAACCCCCGAAGCAAUUUCGGCUGUGAAAAACAAUACCAAACGACCAAGUCUUCGAAGAAGCAAGGAAAGUUUGAAGGAGAGCAAACCUCUUAAUAUACUAGUCUACUCUGAUGUUGCAACGUCUAGAGACAAUGUGGUUUCAACACUAAAAAAUAUCCUCGAGAAAGAUAUGUACACCAUCUACCCCCUCACAUCGCAACAGGCCAAAGAAAAGUCAUGGAUUGACAAUACAUCUCUUUUGGUGAUAUGUGGUUCUGUUACCUCCGACUUGGGAGAAAUUCUAGUAGAUUACUUUCUGCAAGGCGGUAAGCUUCUCUCCCUAUGUUCAGAUGUUCUGCAUAUCGUGCUUCCAACAUAUCGUACUGCUGAGGUCCGCGAACACGAGCUUGUCCAGUUCUCUUAUGAUAAAUGGCAAAAGGUUAAAAUGAUGCACUAUAUUUUUUGUUAUCACCCAUCGCCGGUGAAGAAAAAUUUUUCCACCGACAGCGAUGAAUCGAGUUCGACUCUCGCCAAAAAACCAGCUAUAGUGUGUCCAAGGUCCAUUGAAUUGAAAGAUCUACAAGGAGACAUGCACAAUUUGGAUGUGAAGGUUCUGGGUUCUGAAGAGACGUGGAAUACUCCCAGCUUGCUUUUGGCCACUAAUUUGAAGAGCGGAGGAAAGGCUGUGUUUUCUCAGGUGCAUUUGGAAAUAAAUCCAUGUGAAUACGAGUCUGAUGAAAGUAAAUACAAAAUAUUGAAAGAGAAUGAAAAGAAUCGCCUGGAAAUAUUUGCUGAUCUUCUCGUUAAACAUCUCGGUUUUAUAACCAAAAAAGACGCUGUAUUACAGUCUGAACCUAAAAUAACCUAUCAAAAUGCGUAUUUCUUGGGAAGACAUGAGCUUAAAUUUGAGGUCUUGGAAAAACUAAAGAGUUUCUAUAAUGCUGAUAAUAUGAUUCAGACAUCAAAAUUAUCAAUGAAAUUUUUUGGUAAAAAUGAAACAGUUCCAAGCGGCAAAACAAAUAUUCUUCCAAUUUUGAUUCAUUCUUGCCCUGAAGAUUUCUCAACUGUUGAUUAUUUUGAUAACUUAUCCACAAAAGAUAUUGGACGCCUUGUUAUUUAUGUGCCAAUAAUAAGCAGCUCAAUGCAUAUUAUUUCUGAUCUUAAUCUCACACAUGGAAUAGCCGUUUUGCCAAGACAACAAACUGAUGGCCUUGGUCGUAGUAAUAAUCAAUGGCUUAGUCCAUUGGGAUGCGCUAUGUUCUCGCUGCAACUUCAUAUACCUAUAAAUUCACCAUUGGGAUCAAGAUUAUCACUUACACAGCACCUUAUCGCAAUAGCUAUUGUACAAACGAUAAAACAACUCGAUCAAUAUCAGUUCCUUGACCUUGGCUUGAAGUGGCCGAAUGAUAUCUACGUCAAUAGAGCGCAUAAAAUCGGUGGACUUUUGGUAACGAGUACAUUCCUUGGAAACGAUAUAUUGGUCAAUAUUGGUGUUGGAAUCAAUUUAGACAACAAAGUACCCGGUGUUUGUAUAAAUGACCUAAUACAAGAACAUAACCGUCUUAACCAUCAAAAAAUUCCAUUAUUGAGUUAUGAACGCCUAAUGGCUUUGGUAUUCAAUGAAAUCGAAAGACUUAUAGAUUUGGUACAAAGCGGCAAGAUAGAUGAAAUCUACACCAUGUACUAUAAAUAUUGGUUAAACGAGCAACAGGAAAUUGAAAUUCAAGAUCAAAGUGGCCGAAGAGAACAGGCUACCAUCGUGGGUAUUGACGAAUUUGGCUUUUUACAAAUUAAAACUAAAAAAGACAAAGCACUACGAUCGGUUCAACCUGAUGGCAAUAGUUUUGAUAUGCUUAAAGGACUAAUUCUUCCAAAGUACCAUUAAAUAUUUUAAUAAAAAAAAAAAUAAAUCAAAAUAAUUAACUACGUUAUGAUAACUAAUUCCGUUUGCAUCGAAGACGACGGCGAUGGCGAUCUGAUGUCAAAUCUUAUAACACUAGUCACUUAUAUGGAAAGUUUAUACUUCAAAAAUUAAAAAAAAAGAAGUAAAUGUUGGGAUUUCAAAAUUCAAAGAAAUCUCCAAAUACUAACGUAUUCCAUGAUCGGAUGCGAGAAAUAAAGUCUGUUAAAAUUGUCUGCGCAUUCCA